CGCCACCGCCGUCCGUCGCGUCUCGACGGAGCGUCCACGACCGAACCCGACGACGACAAAGACGUAGAGGAUAGUUCCUGGGACUCACCGGCGGCUCUCAUCGGGCCUCCGCUUUAUCCUAUCUCUCAAGAGAACGGAGAAGUUUUUCGGAGCUCCAUACGAGACCAACACGGACGGAGCGUGACGUCGAGCCCGAUCGCCCCUCUCUCGCACCUUUCUCUAUCCCGCCCGCCCUUUGCCACCGCCCGCGAUGAGCACCGCGCUCCCCGCGCCCGCGUCGUCCAAGACGUCCAGCACAUCCUACGAACAACGACAUGGCCGCUUCACCGUCGCCGGCGCCAAAGCCUACCUCUCGGAGAACGUCAACCCCGAUCUAUCGACGUACCCGCUCGCCGCGUACUGCUUCAUGACCGGCUACAUCGACAUCCUCUCCUUCUCCGCCAUCUUCCUCUGGUGCGGGUUCCAAACCGGCAACUCGGCCCAGCUCGCCAUCGCCCUCGCCCGGCUCUUCCAAACCCAGCCCGACGGGUCGCACGACACCUCCUUCCGCCUGCCCGACCGCUUCGCGCUCUGCUCGCUGCUCUCCUUCGUCGCCGGCGCCUUCGUCGGGCGCGUCGGCGACAAGAUGGGCGCGAAGACGCGCGGGUGGCUCGCGCUCGGCACGGCGCUGCAGGCGCUCAUGACGAUGGCGGCCAGCGUCGCGAUCUGGAAGAGCGGGCAGCUGAGCAUCAGCAACGAGCGCGAUCUGCCGGCGUGGAGCGACGUGGACGCGUUCGUGUGCGUCGCGUUCAUGAGCGCCAGCCUCGGCUUGCAGGGCAUCAUGGGCAAGCGCGUCAACACCCAGUUCGCCACCACCAUCGUGCUGACCACCGUCUGGUGCGAGCUCAUGGCCGACCCGAAGCUGUUCCAGUUCCGGUGCAUGGUCAUCACCCGCGACCACAAGCUCUUCGCCGUCUUCGCCCUCUUCCUCGGCGCCUUCGUCGGCCGCGCCAUCCUCCAGUCCACCUCCGCCGCCGUCACCCUCGGCAUCGGCACCGGCAUCCGGUUGCUCAUCGCGCUCAGCUGGCUCUUCGUCCCCGCCAAAACGGCCCCGACCAAGACCGACGGCGCCAAACCCGGCAGCAAAGCCGGCGCAUAAAACAGGAAGGCCGAUCUACACACAUACGUUACAUACUAUACUUUACGACUCGGGAACAAAAGAACGUCGCUACACGGUUGGACCGAAGAUUUUGGCGCGGGCCGGGGUUAGAGGGGCGGCGCUGGUGCGGGUCGGUCGGGGUUCCGCUUGACGAUCGGGUCCGAUAUGGAUACGGGUGCGAUGCGGACGCAGGAAGGGAAGGGAGGUUAUAGACAUUCGAUAGACCGGCUUCCGCGGUGUGGGCGGAGAAGCUGCCUCUUCGAGCAUCUUGGCUAACGGUUUGUUUUUUCAUCGGGGGUCAUGACAUGUAUAGAAAGCAUACGAUCAGUGGGAUAGUGACGCAUCAAUAGACUCUGGAGCCGGUAUGUACUUUCCGGUAGCC